CGGGGGCAGCCGGCGCUGAGGGGAGGGGGCGGGCGGGCAGGCAGAGCUCUUCGUCCCGGGAAGGGGCAGGGUUUUCGCCCGGCCCAGCGGGCGCCGGGGCGCUGGCGGGGGCGGUGGCUCCCCCGGAGCGGGUCUGACCGCGCCGGUGCGGGGGAGGCGGCGGCGGUGCCCGGUGCCGGACCUGCCCCUCCCUCCCUCGCUCUCUGUCUCCCUCCCCCGCCCCGCCCCGCCGCCCCCGGCCCCGCACGCCGCCUGCCCGCUCCCUCGCACAGCGCCGGGCCCGGGAGGGAGGCGGCCGCGCCGGGUCACCUUCCCGGCCGCCGACAGCCAGAGAGGCGCCCCCGCCGCUCCUUCCUCCCCCGCCGCCGCCAUCCGCCGCUCCGGGCCGUCCCCGCCCCGGUGAGCGGGUGCCCCGCGGUAUGAGCUGCACCGGGGGGAGCGUCGUCCUCCCUGCCGGGGAGCCGCCGCGGGCCCCCACCGUCCCGCUGGAGCUGCCGGCCGGGGCGGGGGAGGCGAGCGGGGACAGCUCGCAGGAAGGAGAGGGCGAGGGCCCGAGGGGCGGCUCGGAGAGCGGGCACGGCGGGGCCGGGGCUGCCGGCGGCGACAAGCCCGAGAGGCGCUCGGUGUGCAGCAGCAGCGAGAGCGGCAGCGGCGGCCACGCCGGCGGGGCCGGCCCCAUCUGCAAGAUCUGCUUCCAGGGCCCCGAGCAGGGUGAAUUGUUAAACCCUUGCCGCUGCGAUGGGUCAGUACGAUACACACAUCAGCUCUGCCUGUUAAAGUGGAUAAGUGAAAGAGGGUCAUGGACCUGUGAACUCUGCUGUUACAGAUACCAUGUUAUAGCCAUUAAAAUGAAAAGGCCUUGCCAGUGGCAAAGCAUUACUAUAACACUGGUUGAGAAAGUGCAGAUGGUUGCUGUAAUCCUAGGAUCUCUGUUCUUAGUAGCAAGUGUGACUUGGCUUCUAUGGUCAGCCUUCAGCCCUUAUGCAGUAUGGCAAAGAAAGGACAUCCUUUUUCAAAUCUGCUAUGGAAUGUAUGGUUUUAUGGAUCUAGUAUGCAUAGGACUGAUAGUACACGAAGGUGCAUCUGUUUAUCGAGUGUUUAAGCGCUGGAGGGCUGUGAAUCUACACUGGGAUGUGUUAAAUUAUGAUAAAGCCACGGACAUAGAGGAGAGCAAUCGAGGAGAAUCCUCAGCAGGAAGGACAUUGUGGUUACCACUGACUGCGUUUAGAAACAGAAGUUUAGUUCAUCCAACACAGUUAACCUCACCAAGAUUUCAGUGUGGCUAUGUGUUGUUACAUCUGUUCAACCGCAUGAGACCUCAGGAAGAUUCAUCAGAGGAUAACUGCUCUGGGGAAGUAGUCAUGAGAGUUACCUCAGUGUAAAGAUUAUGCUCACUGUGCUACACAGAUAAGGAUAAUGUGCCCUGGUGUUACAGGACUUUGGAAUGUAGUUAUGACGAAUGGGGAAACCAUUAACACUUGAAAAAAUAUAUACACUUUUUAAAAAAAUUUAAUGCUUUUUAUAUGAUCAGAUAAAACACAAAUACAUUUUUCCGGGGAAAAAAAAAGUCUCUUGCUUUUUAUACAGUCUGAUUUAUUGGAUCUUUUCUCACUUUGUACCUGAGGUGUAUAUAACAUAACUUAACUCUUAGGUCUUUGAAUGACGAAGAAAUUAAUUUUUAAGUAAAAAGAUAUAUUUAAAUGUA